AUGGUUGGACAGCAUGUUCUGGUUCUGGGCGCUUCGGGUGGAACUGGACAUGUUGCCGUACAAAUAGCCAAGAUCAAAGGCGCAAGAGUGACUGCAGUGACCAGUUCACGCAAUGCAGAUUUUGUUAAAGGUCUUGGCGCAGACGAAAUUCUCUUUUACGAUCUAUCUACAAAUAUAUUAGAAGAUUUACAUAUUGUUACAUUACGUCAUGGUCCAUUUGACUUAGUUUUUGACUCUGUAUCCUCCCAUGAUCUGCGAGAUGCAAAUUUUGCUUAUGAAACUCGAAUUCGUAAUACGAAACCUAAAUUAAUUACUGGAAUGUAUAUUUUAAUUGGAGGUAUCGUAACGGACUGGGUUCUUGCACACAUCAAACGAUUUUUUGGUAUUGACUGGAGGCUCGAAUCAUUGCGUCAAUUUUGUGAGGCCAACCAGCUCAAGGUAACAAUAGCCAAUCGUAUGCCAUUUACAGAAGAAGGUAUUCAGGAAGCAUUUCGUUUGCAAAUGAAUCGUCGUACUGUAGGUUUUGCAUAA